AUGGCAGACGGAAUCGAAGUCGUGCCCAUUUCGCUGCCUCCUUCUGCAGAUAUUGCGAAGUUCGCGGACUUCGGGAGGGAGAUCAGGGGUGUUCAUCCUGGUGCAAUCAGUCCAGAGCAAUUUGAAGAGCUCGAACGAUUGUUGUAUAAGCACAGUCUCCUGCUCUUCAGGAAUGUGGAUGUGAGCCCCGAACAGCAGUACGCAUUGGCACAGAAAUUCGACCCAACGUCGGAGAGCUUUGGGCACGGGAACAGAAAGCUCGAGAACGACAAGAAGUCCAUCUUGUACCCUACUCUCAAAGGCAUCCCGCGCGUGCCACAGGUAUACCUCGUUGGAAACGGCACCGCGUAUGACCACGAGGGCCUGCGAGAGGUGAUGCUCAAGCAUCCGUCACACACAUCGUGGCACAAAACGUCUAUCUCGCAAGAAGAUCAGGAGAAGGGUGCUACCCGCUUCGUGCGCUGGCAUAUGGAUGCGGCGCUGUACGAUCUGCUCCCGCCGAAAGUGACAACGUUAUAUGGGAUCAACGUGCCCCAGGGACCGAGGCAGACUAUCCGAUACGAUGAUGGCACGGGCGACGAGCUCGAGGUACCGCUGGCCGCGACGGCGUUCAUAUCGGGCAAGACAACAUUCGAUAUCUUACCUCCAGAGCUGAAGAGCUUGGCGGUCAGGAGCAGAGUGAAGAACGCGCCGCAUCCGUAUACGUGGAUUUCGACUGCGAAGGCAAAAUCGACCGGGAUGGGCAUAGAAACGGAGGGACUUGAGAUGCCGUACGAUCAGCUGCCUCCGUGGGAGGAGUCGAAAGUACAAAUUCUUCCUAUGGCCUGGAAGAACCCUGUGACUGGACAUCUGCACAUUCAGGUCCACGGAUGGACCGCGGCAGAGAUUCUAGUAGAUCCACUUCCAGAGACCGCGGAGAGACAAGGAGCUUUGUACCCAGAUGGAGCGCACAUCACGAAUUUGCAAGAAGUCCGAGACAUCCUGCAUAAGAUACAAAGACCGGCAAUCGCACCUCCGCUGGUAUACCCGCAUGAUUGGCGAGCAAAUGAUCUGAUCGUCUUCCACAACCGAGGCGUUAUGCAUUCCGUCACUGGGAACCUCAAACCAGAGCAAGUACGCACGUACCAUCAAUGCAACCUUGCUGCCUCGGACAGACCCGUUGGACCUGAUGUGGAGGACAUAGCAAAAUGGGUAUGA